AGCCCGGGUCAGGCCUAUUCGGGUCUGAGCCAGCACGUGGACUUUACCGCUCUGCCGGAGCCCGGUGACCGCUUCCUCCUGGAGACUGUGGUCGGAGAGGGCACCUACGGGGAGGUACACGCCGCCCGCGAUCUUCACAGAAACGGUCAAUAUGUUGCCAUCAAAAUCUUGGAGGACAUCACGGACAACAUCGAGGAGAUCGAGGAGGAGUUUCUUGUGCUGCGGGACCUGUGCCGUCACCCCAACAUCACCCAGUUCCAUGGCAUGUUCUUCAAGCCGGGCAAAAGCCGCGACCACGAUCAGCUGUGGUUCGUCAUGGAGCUGUGUGACGGUGGCUCCGUCACCGACUUGGUCCAGUGGCUGGCCAAGGGAGGGAGCACCCUGACCGAGAUGCAGAUCGCCUACAUCCUGAAGGAGACCAUCAAGGCCCUGGUUCACCUACACCAGAAUCACUGCAUGCAUCGGGACGUCAAAGGUCACAACAUCCUGCUGACCGGCGAGGGCAACGUCAAGGUGGUCGACUUCGGCGUCUCCUCGCACCUGGCUGCCACCCUCGGCAGGAGGAACACCUCUGUCGGCACGCCCUACUGGAUGGCGCCGGAGGUAAUCGCCUGUGAGCAGCAGUACGACUACAGCUACGACGUUCGCUGUGACGUCUGGUCGCUGGGAAUUACCGCCAUCGAGCUGGCCGACUCCGAGCCUCCGCUGGCCGACAUGCACCCCAUGCGAGCUCUGUUCCAGAUCCCAAGGAACCCACCUCCGUCUCUGAAGAGGCCGGCCGACUGGAGCGCAGCCUUCAACGACUUCAUCAGUCGGUGCCUAAUCAAAGACUUUGAGAAGAGGCCGUUCAUGAGUCAACUGCUGGAUCAUGCACUCCUGAGGAACGUGCCAAGUCGGAUUGACACCAUUCGCGGUUCGAUCCGCAGUCUGCUCGUCGCCCGGCGUCAGACGGGUGGCGGAGGGACCGGCACCGUGCGCCGGCCGCACCCCACCACCAAACAGGGCCGCCUGAAGACCGGCCGCAAGUCCAAGCUGGCGCCCAUGUUCGUGGACGACCUGGCCUCGCUGGAGCGGCUGACGGAGGAGGUGAUCGUGACCCAGCUGCAGCAGCGCUACAGGGCCGGCCAGAUCUACACCUACAUCGGCGACAUCCUGAUCGCCGUCAACCCAUUCAGCGAUGUCAACAUCUACGGAGAAAAGGAGCAGCGGCUGUACCGCAGCCUUCGGAAGGCGGAUGGGCCGCCGCACAUUUACGGUGUGGCCGACGCUGCCUACCACGCCAUGCUGCAUCAGAGACAGCACCAGUGCGUGGUAAUCUCCGGGGAGAGUGGCGCAGGCAAGACCGAGUCUGCCAACCACCUCCUCCGCCAACUGGUCUCACUAGGCCAGGCCGGAGGACGUGGCAUCGAGCAACGUAUCCUAGCCGCCAACCCGGUGAUGGAGGCAUUCGGCAACGCCGCCACCGGCAUCAACAGCAACUCGUCCCGCUUCGGCAAGUUCCUGGAGGUGACGUUCGGCACAGGCGGAAGGGUGUCCGGAGCCAGGGUCUCUGUGUACCUGCUGGAACAGAGCCGGGUCGUCCGACAGGCCAGCGGCGAGCGGAACUUUCACAUCUUCUACUACCUGUACGACACUCUUCAGGCAGAGGGUCGCCUCAGGGAGUUUCGGCUGGACCCGCAAGGACGCAACGCCCACCGCUACAUCAGCAACAAUGUCAGCAACAACAGAGCGGCAUCGCGGAAUGUACAGACGAUGGCGGUGAUUCGUCAGAGUCUGACGAUGCUCGGGUUCGGGGCUGACCAGUUCCACUGUCUCUGCCGACUGCUGGCGGCCGUCAUCCACCUGGGGGACAUCUCCUUCAGCUCCACUGACGACAGCCACAACAACACAGAGAAGGUGGCCGUCAGCAACAAGGAAAAACUCAACGACGUGGCGCAUCUGCUGGGCCUGGACCGGGAGGAGCUGGAGGAAGUGCUCACCCUGAACUCGGUGGUGACACGCGGAGAGAGCAUUCUGAGGAACAACAGCCACGAGGAGGCGGUCACCACGCGGGACGCCAUGGCCAAGGCACUCUACGGCAGGCUCUUCGACUGGAUCGUCAACCAGAUCAACCGGCUGCUGGCCCGAUCCGGAGCUGUCAGAGGAGAUCCGUUGGCCGUUGGACUGCUGGAUAUUUUCGGAUUCGAAAACCUCACCAACAACUCGUUCGAGCAGCUCUGCAUCAACAUUGCAAACGAGCAGCUGCAGUACUACUUCAACCAGCACAUCUUCUCCUGGGAGCAGAUGGAGUACCAGUCGGAAGGGGUGAUGGUGGACCCGGUCAUCUUCACCGACAACCGGCCCGUGCUCGACAUGUUCCUGGCCAAGCCGCUGGGCCUGCUGGCACUCCUGGAUGAGGAGAGCCGCUUCCCGCAGGCCAGCGACAGGACACUUGUCGAGAAGUUCCACAACAACAUCCGCUCACCGCACUACGUCCGGCCGAAGAGCGACGCGCUGAGUUUCGAGAUCCGCCACUUUGCCGGGAAGGUGCAGUACAGCUGCGGCGAGUUCCUGUCCAAGAACCGCAACUUCCUACCACCUGAAGUCAUCCAGGUGUUUCGCCAGAGCUCCCUGGAGGUGGUGAGGACUCUGUUCCAGUCACCCCUCACCAGGACCGGUAACCUCUACACGGAGAGCGUCAGUCCCUCGGCUCCCGCGGUGAUCGGGGCCUCUCCUCGCGUCCCGGCCGGGUGGUCGGCCAGCAGCGGUGCCGAACUCUGUCGGGACUUCCUUGGAAAGACCCACUCUGGCAGUGUUGUGUUCGGGCUGGCCUCCCAGACCAAGGCGCAGCAGACGGUGGCCACCUACUUCAGGUUCUCACUGAUGGAGCUGCUACAGAACAUGGUGAACGGAGCGCCGCACUUUGUGCGCUGCAUCAAACCCAACGACAGCAGGAGGCCCAACAGCUUCGACGUCGAAAAGGCGCGGCGGCAGCUGCGGUAUGCAGGAGUUCUGGAGACAGUGAGGAUACGACAAAACGGCUUCUUCCAUCGGAUACCGUUUGAGGAGUUUCUGAACAGGUACGACUUUCUGGCGCUGGGAUACACCGGUGACCGUCCUAGCGGAGCGGUCGGCUGUCGGCUUCUGCUCGAUAAACUCGGUCUGGACGGCUGGGCCGUCGGCCGCACCAAGGUCUUCCUCAAGUAUUACCACGUCGAGCUGCUCACCAAACUGCACGAUCGACAGGUGGCGCGCAUUAUCAAAGUACAGGCAUGCGUCCGACGGUGGCUGGUGCGGCGCCACCUGCGCCACCAUCGUCGACAGACGCAGAGUGCCGUCACCCUGCAGCGCUGCAUUCGCCGCUGGCUCAGCAGGAGACGACAGAGGCAGCAGCAGCUGGAGCAGCAGAGGCGGGAGCAGGAGCGGCUGGAGCAGCAGCAGCUGAAGCAGCAGCAGCUAGAACAACAGCAGCAACAGCAGCGACAGCAACAACUGGAGAAACAACGGCAGCAGCAGCAACGGCAAGGGAACAAGGGUAACUGA